AUGGCAUCAAGACUUUUAACUGAAGGAAUAAAAUCUCGAGUUCGUCGUCCAAGUUUAUUAUCAAAAUUAACAACCAUAAAUGACGUUAUCGAAAGUGGAUUUUUUAAGGAUGGAAUGCGAAUGGGAUGGUCUGGGUUUACGGGUGUAGGUUAUCCUAAAAUUACACCAAAUGCUCUUGCAGAUUAUGUAGAAAAAAAUAAUCUUCAAGGAAAAUUAAAAUUUGAUCUAUAUGUGGGUGCCAGUACCUCUGCUGAGGUUGAAGAUAGAUGGGCGAAGAAUGGAAUGAUCGCACGUCGUUAUCCAUAUCAGCUUGGAAGAGUUCUUCGAAAUGAAAUUAAUAAAAAUCAUAUCAAAUUUGCGGAUAAACAUCUUUCUGAAUUUCCUUUGGAUUUAUUGUCUGGUUAUUAUACUCUCGAAAAAAAGGGUAAUGUUAUGGAAAAGUUAGAUGUAGCAAUAGUCGAAGCAACUGCUAUUACUGAAAGAGGAAAUAUUAUUCCUGGAGCUUCUGUUGGUGCUACUCCCGAAAUUGUUCAAUCCGCUUCUAAAAUUAUCAUCGAAGUUAAUACUGAAUUACCAAAUUUUGAAGGAUUACAUGAUAUUACAUUAGGCAAAUUUGCUCCAUAUAAAUUUCCAAAUUUAAUUCAAAGAGUUGAUGACCGAAUCGGAACGACUUAUAUUCCAUGUGAUUCCGAGAAAGUUAUUGCUGUCAUUGAAUCGAAAAUUCCUGAUCAUACAUCAGAUAGUGAACCUCAGGAUGAUACGUCUCACAAGAUUGCCAACCUUAUUCUUGAAUUAUUUGAGCACGAAGUUACUAUGGGACGAUUACCACCGCAACUUCUCCCUUUGCAAUCUGGUGUUGGAAAUAUUGCCAAUGCUAUCAUUGGAGGUCUUGCUGAUGGGCCUUUCACUGAUGUUGAAGUAUGGACUGAAGUUAUUCAAGACACAUUUCUUGAUUUCUGGGAACAUCAUAAACUAGCUUUCGCUUCAGCCACAAGUGUGGGAUUUUCACCAGCUGGAUUUAAAAGAUUUUACGAAAUGUGGAAUGAAUUAAAAGAUCGGUUAGUUCUUAGAGGUCAAAGUGUUAGUAAUUCACCUGAAAUAAUUAGAAGAUUGGGUGUUAUUGCUAUGAAUACUCCUAUUGAGUUUGACAUAUAUUCACAUGCAAAUUCAACUCAUGUAUGCGGGACAAAAAUGUUAAAUGGUAUUGGUGGUUCAGCAGAUUUUUUGAGAAAUUCCAAGCUCAGUAUUAUUCAUACUCCGUCCACUCGACCUACGAAAAAAGAUCCUAUAGGAAUUUCUUGUGUAGUACCGAUGUGUUCACAUAUCGAUCAUACUGAACACGAUCUUGACAUUCUUGUAACUGAACAAGGUUUGGCUGAUGUUCGUGGUUUAUCCCCAAUUGAACGAGCGCAUUUAAUCAUUAAUAAAUGUGCACAUCCUGAAUAUAGACCAAUUUUAAAUGAUUAUUUAAAUAUAGCCGAAAAGGAAUGUAUGAAUAUUGGAGCUGCUCAUGAACCACAUAUGUUGGAUAAAGUGUUUAAGAUGCAUUCAAAUGUUUUGAGCGAGAAAAAUACUAUGAGAAUUGAUAGUUGGUGA